UGCAAGGAGCUGGCUGGCUCCUUGAUGCUGAUGUGCCCAUGCCCAUGUGUGUGUGUGAGUGCCCACCCAUAUAUAGCUUUCUCCCUCUGGCUCCUUGCUCCCCUGCCAAUAGUUGAUCCGUCCAGCAGCAGCAAGCAACCAGGUUCAGGUUUGAUCCUCUAGCCUUUGCGGUUGCGUCCGUCGAUUUGUCUGCCAUGGAGGGAGGAGGCGCUCCUUCCGUCCAGGACGUGUGGGACUGGGAGGUGCUGCCUGACGAACACAGGAGCUUCUACGCCGAGAGCAGGGCUGCAUCCCGUGCCCACGGCAGCGGCGAGGUUCUUGCCGAUCACGAAACCGAGGAACCGAUCCUGCCUCCCCCGUCACAAGUGGACGCUGGUAAUGUUGACGAGUGUAAGGACAUCGGCGUCGACGUCGUGCCGGCCGAGCCCAGAUCAACUAAAGAGGGUAAAGAUGAAGAACCCACGGUGACGGAGCUGCUAGUCUCUGACGGCGACGGGCAGGACAAGUUCCAGGCCUGUGACGACGCCAAGGAGGUGGACGACGAUGGCAAGCAGAUGGCUGCGGCAGAGGCAGUGGAAUCAGCGCUUCCUCCUCACGAGUUCGCCGCGGGAGAGGAGGAAGAGGGCAAGAAGGAGGAGGACGGCGCGCCGCCGGAGUGCGUGGUGUUCAGCGUGGGGAAGCUGCGCGUGAACGCGGUCGGGGCGCUUUGCUCGUUCGGGGUGGCGGCGGCCACCGUCUGCGUGUUCCUCGUCGGCGGCAGGCUGCAGCACCACAAGCAGCACCAGCAUCAGCAGCAGCAGAAGAUCCAGCUGCAGUUCCUUGGCGAUGAUAAGAGAAUUCAGCAGGUGGUGCAGCAGACAUCGAGGCUGAACCAGGCCAUGUCAUCUAUGAUGGGGGCAGGCGCGUCCACAAGGGCCAACAUAUCGUUCGGUGGCUUCUACGACGGCUUCUGAUCCACCCGCCCGCGAUUCAACUCUCGGAUCAAGCACAAGCUGCUGGAUUCAACUACGUACAUCUGAUGAAGAAAAAGCUAGCUCAUGCGUUAUAGCAAAUCAGCAGCCUUGGUAGUGGUUGUCAUGUACGUAUAACAUAGAUCACGUGUCGUGUUUGUACAUAAUGCACGAUAUACUGGGUGUAAAUAAUUGGGACCGUGGCCGGGCCGGCUGUAUGUGUAUGCAGAUGAGGAUGGAUUCAUUAAUAGAUUUGUUAUUAAGUUCA